CACGUCCGGUUGGUCUUCUUGGGCGCUGCCGGCGUGGGCAAGACAGCCCUCAUCCGCCGCUUCCUGAUGGACACCUUCGAGCCCAAGCACCGGCGCACGGUGGAGGAGCUGCACAGCAAGGAGUACGAGGUGAGCGGGGCCACGGUCACGGUGGAAAUCCUGGACACCAGUGGCAGCUACUCCUUCCCAGCCCUGCGGAAGCCGGAUGACAACUUCCCUCCCAUCGUGGUGGUAGGCAACAAGGCGGAGAGCGGCGGCGAGCGGCGCGUGCCGGUGGAGGAUGCCCUGUCGCUGGUGGAGCUGGACUGGAACAGCCGCUUCGUGGAGACGUCGGCCAAGGACAACGAGAACGUCCUGGAGGUCUUCAGGGAGCUGCUGCAGCAAGCCAACCUGCCCAGCCGGCUCAGCCCGGCUCUCUGCAAGAGGAGGGAGACGUUGCCCAAGGAGCAGACGCUGAGGCCUCCCAUGAACAAGACCAACAGCUGCUCGGUGUGCUGA